UCCUAGUAUUUAAGAUAACUAAGUACAGCUGUUCUGUCAAGCAACCCUCAACAUCUGUCUCUCCAAGAUUUUAAGAUAACAAGUUAGUGCAGCUAAAAAAGCUCGCCAUCGGAGUUGAGAGAGUAGAAGCAGACAAUGGGGGGUAUUCUCAGAGUUGCGGGUGUGGUGUGGGCGGAGACCGUGAUGGCAGGCGUCUUCUUCAUUAUGCAAACUUACUUCACAAGUGUUUGGAAACUGAGUUUCACAAAUGCAGCCACGAUUCUGAAUAUAUGGGGUGGACUCUACCGGAUUCUGCCAUUUUUCUUUCUCUUCAUUGCUGAAACUCUUCUUGGAAAUUUUGCCAUUCUUGCUCUUUCCACAAUAUCCAGCUCUGUGGGUAUGGUCCUGAUCACAGUUGCAACAACGCCAGUGUUUGGGCAAACAGUUUCAGGUGAGAAGUGCCAAGAUAAGGAGGGAUGUGUUGGGUACACGGAAAAGAUCCUCUUCAUAACGGGUAUGGCGUUGAUAGGUCUCGGGAGGGCUGCUCGCGUUGCCACCGCUGAACCAUUCAUUGCUGAUCAGAUUCAGACGACUAACAAUGUACCAAACCAGCCCAAUAAUAACAGCAAACAGACGACUAUCCAUGAAGAAGAUCAGGCCAACAAUAAUAGUGAACAGACGACUAUCCAUGAAGAAGAUCAGGCCAACAAUAAUAGCGAACACACGACUAACCAUGAACCAGAUCAGCCCAACAAUAAUAGCAAACAGACGACUAUCCAUGAAGAAGAUCAGCCGAACAAUAAUAGCGAACAGAUGACUAACCAUGGAGAAGAGCAGCCGGACAACCGGAAACAACUAAGUUGGUGGCGAGAAACAUGUGUACUUAUGUUCUUAUGCACGCCAGUAGUUGUAAUAUGUGCGUUUCCAUACAUAAAAAAGUGGUAUAUUCUCUUUGGAGUUUCUGCAAGUUGCACAAUUUUCACAACCAUAUUUUUCUUCAUGGGUGCCCAAGCAUACAAGAAAUCCCCACCAAAAGCAGAGAGAAGCCCGGUAACCAAUUUUGCCAGAGUGUUUGUAGCUGCUGCUUUCAAGAUUACCCAACCCCGCCCAAAAGAGAAUGAUCCCCGGCUUCACUGCGUAGCUGGAGAGGAAAUUAAGAAACUAUCCCAAACUUGUAUUCUCGGGUUUCUGCAUAAGGCAGCCAUAGAAGUGCCUGGUGAUAGAGUUGGAUCAUGGAAACUUUGCUCGGUAUCAGAAGUUGAAUCCGCCAAAGAUCUAAUCCGUCUGCUUCCAAUCCUGAGCUGCUUCAUCAUGUGCGGCAUUGUACACUCAACGGCAAACACUUACUUCGUAGAACAAGCGAGCCAUAUGAAGUUCAAUAUAGGAAAGUGGAAGCCUCCUCUUCAGCUGUUGCUGUUAGUUAGCGGCUUUGGCAAGUUUAUGACAGUUGGAAUAACAAAAACGAACAAGGAUAUGCUUGGGAAAUAUGGAGUCGGGAAAAAUGGUCAGUUAUUUGUCAUGUAUUCUGUGUUAUGCUGCGCAGUGGCUGCCGCUGUAGAGAGACGCAGGAUUCACGUGCUUAGAAGGCAUGAUCUACUCGACCUCCCCGAUGACGGCAAGGUUCCCAUGAGCGCCGGGUGGCUCGUUUUCCAGAUCCUAUUCUCCGGGCAUGUGGAACCAUUUUCUGAAUACGGCUUCUCUGCCUUCUUCGAGUUUUGGGCUCCUAGCUCGAUGAAGAGGUACCAUGAUUGUUUUGUGGAGGGGGUUACUGGUUUCGGAUUCUUGUGCUCAUCAUUUUUAGUUUAUGCCGUUGGAAAAGUAAGUGAGGUGCGAGGCGGCAAGAGCUGGUUUCAGUAUACGCUGAACCGAAGUCGUCUUGAUCGCUAUUAUUGGGUCUUGACGGUUUUGUGUAGUCUGAGUGUAAUAGCAUACUUAUGCUUGGAUUAUAUUUACACCUUAUCGGAUGCCAUGAGGAGCAGCUCAGAGGAUAAGCAACAGACAGAUGAAUUUAUUCAUUGCUCUACUUCUGAACCUGAACGUUUAGCUUACUUAAGUCCCAUAAUCAAAGGCAGCGCAGUAGAGCUUGUAUUGCGUCACUACAAAUUAUCUCCACCUGUCGAUCAGUAUUUGGGAAAUGUUAACCUAUGCGCUAAAGGUAUAUUUUUCGAUGUAGUCUGAACUUAAUUCUCCAACUCAAGAUGCGAUGCAAUGGAACACAGUAUCUCUAUGCA